AUGGCAACACACACAGAGUCAUACGCAACACUGCCAUCAGCACGUCAAAGCAAAAUGAAAAUCGACGCCUUGCUGAAUCCAGGCGAUGAAGAAAUCUCUCCACGCACCCAACAUGCUUCAAUUCCAUCAUCCCACCGCCACAGCUACCACCAACCCUCACCGAGCUUCCCCCCAAGCCCAAACUACUGGUACAACCGCAAUUACCACGAUACCAGCCCGGGGGCACUAUCCAACACGACCACAGCAACAAGCCAGAGCACCAGCACAAACGCAAGUCAUCAUAGCGUAAACCCAUCCCAAUCCCACCAGAUGUUCUUCAGCUACCGGCCCUCAGCAACAAGCAUAAGCACCAACCGUGGAAGUGCAAGCACACACCAGAGCUCGCUAUCCACGCCUUCCUCGCCGGAUCCUUACCACUCCCGCGAGCGUUACUCAAGCGUCUCAAGCUCAUCUUCCACCAGUGGCGACCGUCGUCGUCCUCCCCGUCCCAAGUACGAGGAAGAGGAAAUGUACUUCAUCUGGUACCACCGCGUCGACCUGUGUCAGGAGUGGAAGGAGGUCCGCGAGGCUUUCAAUCGUCAGUUCCCGGACCGUCAGAGACGCGGCUUCCAGGGGAUCCAGUGCAAGUUUUACCGCUUUAUCAAGGAGAAGAAGUGUCCUACCCUGCGGGAGCAGAGGCGCAUGCGGGAUGGGGAGUUCCUGAGGGAGGGGGCUUCGGCUGCGUUGGCUGGGGAUCAUGGGGCCGCGCCGAAGUUUGGGGUUAGGGAAUAUACUAAUGUUUGGUAUCCUUGGAUGAGGAAGGAUGGGGAUGUUGCGUUGCGACGGAUGUGA